UUCAAUAAAAAGCUUGGACGAGCAGCGCUACCUGUCCUCUUCUCUCGACCAUCAGAGCUGCAGCAACGCUCCGACAACACAACAGCCAUGAAUAAGGAAGAAGGCGCGGAGUUAAAAACCAUCCUAAAGCGCAACAAACGCGUGAACCUGCUGCUGAACGAUGAGAGCGGCACCACCACCCAGAGCAGCUCCAUCGGGGCAGUUCGCUGGAAGUUACCCGAGGAGACCGUCCAGCCCCACAGCUCGGCCCCCACCGUUCACGCUAACCACAACAAGAGCUCGCAGCAACACGUUCGCCAGGGCAACCUGAAGGACCUGCGCAGCCUGCAGGAGUGUGUCCAGUUUAUUAAUCACUGGAAGGAGCAAGUGGACCAAGUGUGCAAGCAUGGUGGCACCGAUCCAGGGGAGGGAACCAGCAAGGCGGAGGCCCAGAGCUCCGACCGGCGCACCGAGCGCAGCCUGGAGGAGAGCAGAAAGCUGAUCCUGGAGUGGACUGACGAGCUCCGCCACGUCGACAAGCUUCUAAAGGAGACCCCGCGGAAAUCUGUCAAUCCAAAGAAAGGAGCUAAAGAGGAGCCCAAAGAGGAGGGACAACUCCAGAUCACAGAGUGGGCAAAGGAGCUGCAGAAAGCGACUGAGAGCUGCGGCGUGCCGAGCGAGGAGCUGGGCAAGGUGCUGCGUCUGCUGGGCAUCAAGAAGAAACGACUUUACAAGCUGCUGCCUCUGCUGGAGUUCAUCACCUGGUCUCUGCUCAAGGAAGACAACACGGCUACGGUGUCCCAGAUCUGGUUGCUGGCGAAGCAAAGGACCUGGAAAGCAGGAAUACCCAGAUACAUCCCAAACUCAGUCUGGGACUGGAUCUGCAGCGCAGCAGCCAACGUGAUUCUCGACCCCAUGACCAACCACCCCUGGCUGCAGCUUUCAGACGACCAGCGCAGGGUGCAGGAGGGCAUCUCGGAGUCGGACACCCCGGAGAGCUCCCAGCGCUUCGACAGGCUGCCUUGCGUGCUGGGCUGGGAGGGCUACAGCAGCGGCCGCCACUACUGGGAGGUGGACAUCGCCAACAACGGCUACUGGCGGGUCGGCCUGACCACCGCCAACUCCGAGCGGAAGGGCAACUUCCCCAUGACUCCCAGGAAGGGCUACUGGGUCCUGUGGAGAAGCACCCACCACUUCUACGCCUGCAGCAACCCGGAGACGCAGCUGCCCGCCGCCCUCAUCCCGCGGCGCCUCGGGGUGUACUUGGACUACGAGGAAGGCCAGAUCUCCUUCUACAACGCCGAGACCAAGUCCCACAUCUACACCUUCACGGGGAGGUUCGGGGGCAAGCUGUACCCUCUGUUCGCACCCAUGGACGGCCGCACGCUCAUGACUAUCAUCAAGCCGCAUAAAAUCUCCGGAGGCACCGGCGAACCUAAGAAGAAGGAGUUUGUGAAGAGUCCCAAGAUGUUUAGAAAGGUGGUGUUGGAAGACACCAACCAGCUUUAAAAAAAAAAAAAAAAACCCAAGCAAACCCAGUCAGAAGUACUGAUUUGUCAAACGUUUCUUACGUCCAACUUCACUCAAAUGCAGCACAAGAUCACAGGAGAGAUUCAGAUCCAUCUAUGCGGUUAACACAAGUACCUUCAGUACCUCCUGGCAAAUGUUUGGUCUGUUUAACGUAGAAAUGCAUAAAUACCAUUAAAAAAACCAAAACAGUUUAUGCUCAAAACGUUUUAUGAUCUGCCGAGAUAGUUUAUAAAACCUAAUAAAGGUAAAAAAUAAAAAUAAAAAAAAUCCACAAAGAACCAGACGCUUUGUGUUUCUUUGGUCUGUAGUGAAAAAAAUUCAAAUCCAGAUGGGCUGCCAACCAUCUCGUUUAUUUAAAUAGAUACGUUUUUUUUUUUUCCAAGAGUCGCAUGAUAGAAUAGAAAUAUCCUACAUUCUCACAACGAGGAAAUGUAGGAAAAUAUAGUAAACCUUCUUGGCUACUGAUGAGCCGUGGCACAUUCAGGGGGAAAAUGUAGAAAUAAAACAAACUUUUAACUUUUAAGUCCGUUGUUUAGACUCUAGCAAAAGCACAAGGCGUCUUAAUUUGGGGUUUCCGAGCUUAAACCUGAUCGACAUUUCUCUGAACAAAGCAGUAAAGAUGAUCUGACCUCAAAUGAAAUCUGCAGGAGCAGCAGAAGAAGAAGAUUUCUUUAAGAAGCGGUCUGAUUAUUUAAUUUCUAUAAAUGCUACCUCAAUGUUACUCUCAACUUCUCUGUCAAAGUAAUAUCAAAGGCUGAAUUGUAUUAAAGUGCUAAUGACAAUGUUUGGAAAGAUUAUGCUUGUAUGCAAUCACUGUGUAUGAAUGCAUUAGUCUUUAGAACAAUGUUAUAAACUGAGACUUUUUAUAAAAUGCAUGACAGAAAAAAUG